AUGGACGGCGUUCCGGCGGAAUUCCGGUGCUCUAUCGGCUGGGUGCGCCGUGCGUUGCGUCGCCAGGGCGUCCGUUGCAUGAGCGCUGUGGGAGAGGCGGCGGACCAGGACAUGGCCGCGGUGCGCACGGCUCGUGAGAAGCUUCCGCAGCUGCUGAUGUAUCUCUCGGUAUCCGCCAGGGAUACCUACAACUUUGACGAAACUGCCCUUUACAUCUCCGUGCUGCCCCGGAAGACUUACGGCAAUCGUCGCGUGGCCGGACGGAAGAUCCCGAAGGACCGUCUUACCGUCGGCCUCCUUGUCAACGCCGACGGGUCUCAUUCGUUCCGCCCCUUGGUCAUCUCAAAGGCCAAGAGGCCCCACGACUUCCGGCCCGACUAUAACCCUGACGAUGUGUGCUACUGGCGCACUGCCAAGAAGGGCUGGAUGACGACUGAGGUCUUCACUCACUUCAUGGAGCAGCUCAAUGCCGCCAUGUACGCCACGGAGAGGAGCAUUGUCAUCCUCAUGGACAAUGCUAGCAGCCACGUCCUCAAGUCUGAAGGGGCCGAGACGGAGGACCUGUUCGGAUUCCGCACUCGCAAGCUCAGCAACCUCCGCAUCGUCUACCUGCCUCCUAACACUACGUGUUUCACCCAGCCCCUCGAUCAGGGGAUCAUUGCGACGGCGAAGGCGCGGUACCGUGCGCAUUGGCUCAGCGCCUUCACUGCGCAGUGGGCCGAGAACGGCGCCACGUCAGCGAUGGCGAGGUACAGGCCGAACCUCCGCGACGUCCUGGCCUGGUUGCUCGACGCAUGGAUGAACAUCGAGCGUCGCACGAUUCAGCGCUGCUGGUGGCGCACCGAGUGCCUGCCGCGUGCGUGGGAGAUGCAGCUUGAGCACGUCCGCAACGGCGGCAAUGGCGGCGCCGGCGGCAACGGCGUCGCCGGCGGCAACGGCGGUCCCACUGAACUCGACGAGGCAGUGGGCGAUGUGGGGAUCCUCAUCGACCGCCUUGGCCUUGGGCCUUCGGCGAUGCCGGCCGCGGAGUUCGUGCGCGUCGACGACAAUCAGCCGACUUGCGCCGAGCCGGGCGAGGACCCGCUUGCGAUGGAGCCGCCGAAUGUGCCGGCGCCUGAGAUGUGGGAGGCUCCCGCCAGUAUGCAGGCCGUCUAUGACGACGCCAAUCCGGCGUGCCGUGAAGCACGGCGCUAUGCGCGCGCCGCGAGCGAAAUGCUCAUCGGCUACGCCAAGGCGACCGGCAUCACCCCGCGUGACCUCUGCGCGCUGUUCGACAUCCGCAACCCCAUCAUCAGGGCCCGGAUGGAGCGCGCAAGUCCGCCGCUCAAUCUGAACCAGACCCCACCUCCCGCCACGCCCGACGGCUCCACCCCGCCGGCGGAGACCCCUCGCCGCCGUGGGCGUGUGCUGCCGGCGUGGAUGACGGCGCCGACCCCGCGUUGGGUCACCAUGGCUCAGGAUGCGGCUCGCCGCCAGGAGCUCAUUGACGCAGGGGCGCCCGCCGUGAUGGGCGGCUUCCUGGAUGCGGCCGAGUGGAUGAGGCUGUGA